UUCAACGAAAUUGUCCACAAGCUGUGGGAAGCUUAUGUGCCCCGUGUGAAAACCUGGUCUACGGAGACGCCCGAAGCUGCUGAGUGGGCCAAGGUGAUGCAGUUUAAGCUGAAGAAGCAUGUUGUUGUCAACACGACACUUCAACAUGAGAAAUACAUUGUGAUUGGUCUAAAGUAG